ACUUAUUAAAUAGGUCGAAAUGGAGGCCUUACUAUUCAUGCGGUUUGUCACCUAUUUAAGCAUAGUAGGCCUGGGAGUGAAUGCUUAUGUAAAAAGAUCAGCAAACGAUACUACAAUUACAUCAACUUCAACCACAACCAGACCCUUCAUUAAUCGGUUUGAUCCAAUGAACAUGAAUUACAACGCGCCAAUAGAUAUGACCUGGGUUGAAUUAGGGUAUGAUCCUAACUUUAAUGGCCAACAAACAGUACCUGCGACGCUUGAUGGUCUUCCUGGAGCCAGGCAGAAUAAUAAGCUGUUCUUCAACCAGGCGGAGAAGGCACUUGAUCUGGUUCCGCUGUCUAUUUCUAAUGCGCUAUUCAACAAAAUAAGAACUUCGGCGGUAGCGGACGAAGACUUUCUGUUGAUGUCAAACCUGAUUAUGGCAUCGUUGUCGGAUGCCUUCAUAUCAUCCAUGUCCAUUGCACAACAAGAUAGGGCAGUGCAGAGCAGAAUGGCGGGAGUCAUGGGUCUGAAUCACUUGAUACAACGACGUCUGGCUCAACAACCUCCUAGCACGAGGGAUAACGAAGAACUGUUUGGCGUGGACUCUGUCAGGUGUGGAGUGCUUCUGUGGAAGCUGAGGGACUCCUCUUUGGACCAGCGCCUGGUUCCCUAUGACUCACUAUUUGAACUGCCUCUGGACCAGAUGAAACCUCUCAAGCAGUUCCUGCCCGGUUUGACCCUAACAAUGGCUCGUAGUUUCUUGACAUCAAUUUCAACGGAUGCAGAAGGAAAAACUGCCCUUGUAAUUGAUUCUUUUCCUGGAACGACCGCUGAUUGGCUGAGACACAGAGGUGUUUGCUCGUCUCUCUUUCUCGCAGUGUACAACAACAUUGCAGCUCAAGCAGACCAGUGGAACCCUCCAGGAUACGAUAACCUCAAGGACAAAAUUGUGCCUAUGUUCUCUUGUGUUAAGCCUUCGUACCUACUCAGGUUCCGAUUCAACGAGUUGUGGCCGAUGAUUGACGAGUUGAGCUCGGUGGAUCUGGACUGGCAGCGAGGUUCGGCCAUCGUUCAGCAGAUAUUCGAGACAUCUCAGUCUAGUGACUAUAACGACCAGUUCUUUGUUCGAUUGAACCAGCUGAAUAGAUUCCUGACGAUUGACUUGAUUCAAACUCAUCGCUUUGACGAUAUAUUUAUGAAUGCUCUCCUGACCAAAAAUUCACUUGUCGCAAUUUCGGACCAGACAAAUGAUCCUCUGCUUUUGGAGUGGCUAUACUCUGAAGUGCGAUCUGAGUUGUACCCGAACCCUCUGAGUGGGAUCACUUCAUCUGUGGACAUGUACACUCUGGGCACUAUGGUGGCCGCCAUGACUGUCGCAGACAUUCGCUCGUUCCAACCACGGGCAGUGAAAGAGAACGUGGGUGCAUUCCAGUCCAAGGGACUCACGCCUGGACAGAUGGUGACCCUGGUGGACAUAUACAUGACAGAAGGCAACUUUGAUGUCCUUACUUUGAAUAGCAGAGACCUGGAGAAUUUGAGACGUCUGAUUCCGUUUCUAAACUACAACAGAUUCAUAACCAUGUUGAAUAGCAGAGACCUGGAGAAUUUGAGACGUCUGAUUCCGUUUCUAAACUACAACAGAUUCAUAACCAUGGAAGUCAGCACCAUCAACUUGCAACUGGUGCUGUUGAAGGAUCUAGCUGUCAGAUCGAGACACAAGUUCCCACUCACUCCAGCACAGAAAUUCGCCAUCAGCGGACAGCUGACUGUUUCAACAUCGAAAAGUCUCACGGAGAUGGUUGUUACGUCACUGGGUCCGGAGUUGUCCAUGGAAUUGCCUCCCCAAGUGUUCCUCUCUGAACUGCAGUCUCUGUCCCAGUUGGGGUUUGAAGUCAAUGACAAUGGAGAGGUGCAAUUGACAUCUGCCAUGGGAGAAAAAGUUGCCAGUCAAUCGUGGUCUGAUUUCCAGAAAACUGUCAUCUACAAGCUGUACCGAAAAGAAGCGGGGCCUCUUACCAAUGUGAACGAGAAAGCUCUACUGCAGUUGAAGAAAUUAGCCUCGGGAAUAACAACUCAAGACAUAUUUUCGAGUCAGUUCUCAAGUGUGAUAGGAAUAACUAACGCGGUCAUGACUAAUGGAGGCAACAUGGGCAAGGCGUGGCUACUCUCCCUCCAGAUCAGAAGGGCGUUCGCGGCCAUGUACGGAUUGAGGAGUAUCGAUGAAUUUGACUUGAGUCUGCUCGGAACGGCUAAUUUGAUGGCACUCGACGGACUCACUCUCAGAAUGUUCAGUGUGAAAGAGAUGGAAGGUCUUAAUGCUGCCGACUGCCAAGAUGUGAUCAGCAAAAUUGGUGGCCUCGAAGACGUCUACCUGAUACCACAUCCGAAGAGAAGAGAGCUAGUCUGCUUCUACAUUGAGAGGUGCAGGUUCGACUACUCGCCCUCGCAGAGGAAUUUUGUACCAUCUUCCUCCUCGUCUAUUCUGCAGAACUACAAUCCCGAUGACCCAAGAAUCAACAGACGAGAGUACAGAUACGCCAGGAAAGUUUUUAACUACUGUGAUGACCUUUCCCCUGUAUCAUUGACCUCGGGUGACUUCGAGAUACUAGGUCAUUUGGCCUGUGACAUCCCAGCCUCAGUGAUAGAUGCUCCCAACUUUCCAACGGAUGUGCUGUGGAUGUUUCACGACUGCUGGUUCACAGAAGCACAGGGCAAGGCACUCUUCAAAAAACUCACUACUGGAGACAACCAGGAGCUACUCUAUACGGACACCACCAUAGCGCAACUGUCCCAUUCUCUGUGCAGCAUAGUACCGCCACAACACGCAACAGUGAUGCGCAGCAAACGCUACAGAAAGGAGAUCAUAGACUUUGUUCAGUACUCCUACGUCUUAGCCAAGAAAAUGCAAGAGACGUACGGGCUGACGAAGAGACACCUGAAUAAAGAUAUCUUCUGGCAAGUGGAGUUUGGGGUCCUUAUUAAUUCAGUUCUUGGUGUGACUUUAUGUCAAAGAAUAAAUUGA